AAAUGUUCAGGAUCUGUCUCGGAUCAUCUUUUACCUACUUAGCAGUAAAUUACUUCCUGGUGGACUUUUUCAAAUGAAACAUGCAACGUUGUAAUUCCUAAUUCGAGGGGAAAUAAUAUUUUGUUCAAGUGAUAUUGAAUUGCUUAUUUUUUAUAUUUGACAAGAAAGUUGUCAACGUGGAUCUAAAAUGGCAAAAAGCAGAUUUAGGGUGUAUUUUAUUUUCCUCUCUAUCAUUGAUUUAACGAAGCACACAUAGUUACACUAUAAUUAUUAUUAUAAACGAUGUAUUAAUAAUUAUUAUACGCUAUGCCGUAUUCAAUUCUAAAGCAGUUAUUGUACUAAUAUCAAUACAAACCUUGUUUUAUUAUGGAAGUCUCGGGUGGUCCAUGGUUUUACGACAGUAUUACGACCGUGAUUACGGCAGUAUUUGACAGGCGACUCGAGCGCGGAAUUUGUAAACAGAACCAAACUCAUAUUAUUUAAUUAGCAUUUUCUAUUUUCUUCGAUUAAAUUGCUUUUAUCAUUUUUAAUCUAUCGUAAUCAUUGCUAGUGAAUUUAGUCAACCAUUGAAUAACUGUUUUUUUACUCUUUUUGAAAGUUUUGGAAGUGGACACCAUUGCUACAGUUAGCUAACAUGCUGAAAUGUGAAAGAGGCUAGGUAUGCUAGUGCACCUCUUCGGAAGAUCUCUGCUUCGACCGGAAUUACGGCGACUCGGAGUCCUACGGAGGUGUUUGUGUGCGGCGCAGAGUGACCCGUGUCCGGCCACGCCGCAGCGGGCAGACAUGAUCCGGAACCGAGUUCAGAUCAAACGGGUCCUCUGCGUGGCCGAGAAGAACGAUGCUGCCAAAUGCAUCUCAGAGAUCAUGUCCGGCGGCGCGUCCCGCAGGAGAGAGGGGAUGUCAAAGUUUAAUAAAAUUUAUGAGUUUGAAUAUCAUCUCUUUGGUCAGAAUGUGACUGUAACAAUGACUUCCGUAUCAGGACAUCUACUGGGUCAGGAGUUUAAAGCACAGUACCAGAAAUGGCACAGUUGCAAUCCUGUGCUAUUAUUUGAUGCUGAAGUAGAGAAGUACUGUCCAGAUAACAUGAAACAAAUCAAGCGGACACUGGAGAAAGAGGUGCGUCAGUGCCAGGCGUUGGUCAUCUGGACUGAUUGUGACAGAGAGGGAGAAAACAUUGGCUUUGAAAUCAUAGAUGUCUGCAAAGCAGUGAAGCCCAAUGUACAAGUGUUUCGUGCAAAGUUUUCUGAGAUCACGCCCAACUCCAUUCGUAGAGCUUGUGAGACGCUAACGGAGCCAAAUGCUAACGUCAGCGAUGCAGUCGAUGUCCGUCAGGAGCUGGACCUGCGAAUAGGUGCGUCCUUCACUCGAUUCCAGACGCUUCGCCUGCAGAAGAUCUUCCCAGCAUCUCUAGCGAAUCAGCUGAUCUCUUACGGCAGCUGUCAGUUUCCCACUCUGGGCUUUGUGGUGGAGCGUUUUAAAGCCAUCCAGGCUUUCAUACCUGAGACUUUCUACAAGAUCAAAGUGCUGCACGAGGUGGAGGAGGACACUGUAGAGUUCAGUUGGAAAAGAAACCGUCUCUUCAACCACACAGCUUGCCUGGUGCUCUACCAGAUGUGUAUGGAGGAUCCCAUAGCAACAGUCACCUCAGUAACCAGCAAACCCAAGAGCAAGUGGAGACCGCUGCCUCUGGACACUGUGGAAUUGGAGAAACUUGCAUCCCGUAAACUAAAAAUAAGCGCCAAAGAGACCAUGAAAAUUGCAGAGAAACUCUAUACCCAGGGGUAUAUCAGCUACCCCCGCACAGAGACAAACAUUUUUCCCACAACCUUGGCUCUCGGUCCCCUGGUGGAGCAGCAGACACAAAGCCCGGUGUGGGGGACGUUCGCCCAGAGGGUGAUUGACCAGCCUGGCGGUCCCAACCCACGACAGGGAAAGAAAUCUGACCAGGCCCACCCCCCCAUACACCCCACCAAGCACUCCAGCACACUGCAGGGAAAUGAAGGCCGUGUGUAUGAGUUCAUUGUUCGGCACUUCCUGGCCUGUGUAUCCCAGGAUGCUUUGGGGCAGGAGACUGUGGUGGACAUUGACAUUGCUCAGGAGAACUUCUCCACCUCGGGACUCAUGAUCAUUGCGAGGAACUACUUGGAUGUUUACCCGUAUGACAGGUGGAGCGCUAAGGUGAUUCCAGUGUACGAGCAGGGCUCUCAGUUCCAGCCCUCUGCUAUCGAGAUGGCGGACGGACAGACGAGUCCUCCGCAGCUGCUCACUGAGGCUGACCUCAUAUCCCUGAUGGAGAAGCACGGCAUCGGCACAGAUGCAACCCAUGCAGAGCACAUCGAGACCAUCAAGAGUCGCAUGUAUGUGGGCUUAACAGCUGAUCAGAGGUUUCUGCCAGGAGAGCUCGGCAUGGGGCUGGUAGAGGGCUAUAACUCCAUGGGAUAUGAGAUGUCCAAACCAAACCUGCGUGCUGAAUUGGAGGCUGACCUCAAGUUGGUGUCAGAGGGCAGGAAGGACAAACAGAGCGUGCUGCAGAACCACAUCCAGAAAUACAAGACCGUCUUCAUCGAGUCCGUCAGGAAGGCCAAAAAGUUAGAUGAAGCCCUGUCGCCAUAUCUGGGGGCCGCGCAGGAGAUCGCUGAAGCCGAGCAGCAGGACAUGGAGAUGCCGCUGCCGGUGAGGAAAUGUCCUCACUGCAGGCAGGACAUGGUGCUGAAGAAAAAGAGGGAGGGAAACGGUAAGUACCUGUCCUGCACGGGCUACCCAGCGUGUAAGAUGGCGGUGUGGUUCCCCGACGCGGUGCUGGAGGUGAGCAGGGAUGACAGCAUCUGUCCCACCUGUCAACCGCACCCUGUUCACAUGUUAAAGUUGAAGUUCCGCCGGGGCAGCCUUCCUCCCAUGAUGCCUUUAGAAUUCGUUGGCUGCAUCGGCGGCUGUGACGAGACGCUUAGAGAGGUGCUGGACCUGAAAUACCUUCGGGCAGGGGGAGGAGGAGGAGGAGGAGGUGGUGGUGGUGGUGGAGGGGGAGCCAGGGGAGGAGGGGGAGGAAGAGGAGACAAUUCUCGUCCACCAGCUCCAAGGCCCCCCAGUUCAAAUCCUCGAGCCCCCCCUCCCCCCGUCCCCUCCUGGACACUGCAGCCACGACCUCCAGGUGGUGGGGGUGGUGCGGGUGUGUGCGCCAACAGCGAUGCCAUAGUGUGCAACUGUGGUCAGGAUGCACUCCUCCUAACCGUGCGCAAAGACGGUCCCAACCAAGGGCGGCAGUUCUACAAAUGCAACGGCGGGAGCUGCAACUUCUUUCUGUGGGCGGAUCAGCCGAGUCAGCAGGCGGAGCCGCAGAGUCGAGCAUCUCCGAGGCUCGCCGUGGUGUCCAGCAACAUCCCCGGGGGAGGCAGAGGGCAAGAAAGGGGUGCAGGAAGACAGGGAGGACAGACAAUGUGUAACUGUAAUGAGGCAACGGUGACACUCACGGUGCAGAAGGACGGUCCAAACAAGGGCCGGAUGUUCCACACUUGUGGGAAACCAAGAGACCAGCAGUGUGGCUUCUUCCUGUGGGUCGAUGAGAACGAACCUCCAGCAGUGUUUGGUGGUGGAGCUGCGGCGAAGAAAGGAAGGAAGAUCGCCGGAGAGGCCGCCCCUAACAAACCUCCAGCUGCCAAGAAACCUCGUACCUGUGGCAUCUGCCACAUGCCGGGACACACACGAGUCACCUGCCCACAGCGGUGACCGCUGCUUGAAGACUAUGUGCAGCUUGUAAAGUCAGUGACUUCUAAGUGUGGAGUCAGGUCUUAUUUUAUAGAAUGUUUGGUACUCUGGUUGUAAGACCCCAUCGUCUGUUAGACAAGACCCUGUAUGCUCUCUGUAACAUUUCAUUUUGAUAACAGUUCCAAAAGGAAUAAAAACCACUUUGAGUACUAUUUCCAGGGUAUUUCACUAAAUAGUGCAGUAUUAAUGAAUGCCACCAAAGUUCAUAAAUAGACAAGUACUGCUGUCUAUAUGAUUAAAUGUUUCUUUUUAAGAAAACUUAUUUGCGUGAGUGCAGGUGUGUGGUUUUUACCUGCAGUGGCUUUGUGUGUGUGCCGUCCAUGUGUGAGUCCACGAGACACCUCUUCCACAGGAGGGGCUCCACGUGCAAGGCCUGGUUUGCCACCACGCCGUCACCGUGCAGGAUGCAGACCCACAACUUUACUGGAGUGUGUUGUUGAGGAGGUGACUUUAAAGAUGUUCGGUGUCGGCUGGUGUGGAUCCAGCCACAGACUGAAAUGUUGACGUAUUCCCCGUCACGUAUGUGACUGUUUCUGAGGAGCUCCGAGUGUUUGACUGCCAAUAGGUUUACUUUUGGUUUUCAUCUUUGCUACCACCCUUUAAUUAUAUUAAAAAUAUGUACAAGGGGCUCUUUGGAAGAAAAAACAAGUAAACAUGUUUUACAUUGUGAAAAUGAUUAGUGCAAAAUGAUUUUCUAAAUGUAUAGUCUGAGCAUUGUCAUUACCACGGAUUACUAUUUUAAUAUUGUUGAAUGCUAAUAAACCUACAUGUACCGUAA